AAACGGGACCUCGGCGAAAUUUCUCCAAGACCAUAGAUCUGUUACUUCACACAUGCAUAGCAGUACCAGGAGAGCAGCGGGCAUCAUGACUGAUGUCCAUCGGCGAUUCCUCCAGCUGCUGAUGACUCACGGCGUGCUGGAAGAAUGGGAGGUCAAGCGCUUGCAGAAGCACUGCUACAAAGUCCACGAUCGCAAUGCUACCGUGGAGAAGUUGGAGGACUUCAUCAACAAUAUCAACAGUGUCUUGGAGUCCUUGUAUAUUGAGAUAAAGAAAGGAGUCACAGAAGAUGACGGGAGACCCAUUUACGCGCUGGUGAAUCUUGCCACAACUUCAGUUUCCAAAAUGGCCACGGAUUUUGCAGAGAAUGAACUGGAUCUAUUUAGAAAGGCUCUGGAACUGAUUAUUGACUCAGAAACUGGCUUUGCAUCUUCCACAAACAUUUUGAACCUGGUUGAUCAACUUAAAGGCAAGAAAAUGAGGAAGAAGGAAGCCGAGCAGGUGCUGCAGAAGUUUGUACAAAACAAAUGGCUGAUAGAGAAAGAAGGGGAGUUCACCCUGCACGGCCGGGCCAUCCUGGAGAUGGAGCAGUACAUCCGGGAGACGUACCCGGACUCCAUGAAGAUCUGCAACAUCUGCCACAGCCUCCUCAUCCAGGGUCAAAGCUGCGAAACCUGCGGCAUCAAGAUGCACUUGCCUUGUGUUGCCAAGUAUUUCCAGUCAAAUUCUGAGCCGCACUGCCCCCACUGUAACGACUACUGGCCCCAUGAGAUCCCAGAAGUCUUCGACCCUGAGAAGGAGAGGGAGGCUGGCAUCUCCAAAUCGAACAGAAGGUCCUUGCGGUCCAGGCAGCAUUAGCCGCUGUGCCCUGCUGAGGGGGCCCGUUGGCCACCCAGCCCUGCCUGGAGGAGGGCUUCAGUGUUUUACAUGUUACACAAAUCACCUCCUUGUUCUUUACAUUCAUUGUUAACAGGUUUGGAAUAAAACUGU